GUCCUUGAACAGUUGAUGUUUAAACAUGCCAUAUUAUUUGAAACACACUCGUAUAACUAUUAAAACAACUAUGGACUUUUAUGUGUAUAAAUGCUUGACGAUCGAUGCUCGGUUCUUAGUCCAAAUUUUGAUCCAUUAAUUCUCAUAGAUUCCAUCACAAAUCUUCCAUUAAGUGAUAAGCUGGAUGUUUUUUAUUCUAGUCUCACUAAAGACGUGGAAGAUGAGAAACUUUUAAAGACACUUUUUGAGGUAAAGGACUCAAAAAUAUCUCUUGGUAACCUUUCACACGCAAUUUAUCUCUUGCCAUGGUCGGUUCAACCGGUAAAUGAAUGCCUAAAGAAUAGAGCUGCCUCGGUUUUAAAUGAUAGUUCAGAAAAGCACACCCCAAACUUGAAAAAUUUAUUGCAACAUUUUGUCGCAAGAACAAAGUAUGAAGCAAGGCUCUCUGAAUAUUUACUAGGUCUUCGUUUUACAGGAUAUUCUUAUCUACGGAAUGCAUGUUACAAUUACUUAAGAUGUGUAUAUGAUUCAAAUAAAAGGGUUACUGUGGUAUGUAAAAGCGGUAACAGUAUAUCAGCACCUAUACGAUACAAGGGUAACCUAGAUCUUUUUGACAGAAAGUUAAACAUUCUUCUAGCGAACGUUCAAACGGAUAGAAAUAACAGGAUGUCAUUUAUGUUUAUAAGCAAUAAUUCGAUUAUAUCAAUAUUCACCUAGAUCUUGGACAGGUUGUCUUUGAUAAAUGCUCUCGAUUCAUCAUGCAAGAGUAGGAAUAUACUUUGCUUUGUUUUGAAUUUGCACAUUGCUAUCGAUUUAUUUACACAUGUUCUUAAAAUCUUCUCACACUUUGUCAAUUCAUCUGUGUG